AAGAGCCAACAACUUGAUUCAAGUCAGACGGGAUCCUUCCAAAACAAACAGUUAUUGUCAGGGCGCCGGGGAAGGAACUCUACCCCUCCAACGGGACGGAUAAUUCAAUCUCACAUGAAGAAAAGGAGAGGAAACCUGAGACUCAUUUUUGCUUAACAAAUAGGAAACACGUGUAGGGAAAGGAAAGCAGACAAACACAUGCUGCAUGGCAUCCUGCCGUUUGAUUAGUCUGUGUUCUAUAAAGAUUUCUUCAAGUGACACAAAUCGACGCGCUCCUGAGAAACGAGAUGGGCUGCCUGCGGAAGAUCAGAUGAGGAACGAAACAGUUGCCAUGGCAACACACCAAGGGGACCCUGUGUUCGGAAAUAGAAUCUUUGUAGCUUAUUUCUGGAUUAAAUCAUAGAGCAAUCGACAUGCUUCUCAUCAAUCAGUAAUUCGGGACCACCGGACCGAGAGUGAACAAAUAAGAUGAUGCGCCACGUGCUUCGAUUCCUGGGCCUUCAUCAAUGCCCAUGGCGCCGAUGUACCACAGUCCUCAGCAUCCUCCUCGUCGUCAACACUGCCUUCCAUUGGACCCUGGUCGAUGAUGUCCACUCCCGAUCACGUCAACCGGGUCAACGGAGCUCGAUCUCGAUGUCGAAUGACGGCGGCGGGUUGCCGUUUCGAGAGCGAGUGAUCAGCAUCAAUAAAUGGUACGACGAAAUGAAGGGUGGAAAGGCAGACGGCAGAGGCAUCGACUUCGAUGACGUCGAGACCAAAUAUGGUGGAAAGAAAGAAGAAAAUCAUGAGGACAACCUAAUAACGUACAUAACGAGGAAACCUUCAAACAGACGUCCUCUGGGGGAGUUGCAUUUAUCUACAAACCGGAAUGUUGCCGAGUCUCAUCUAACUCGGACAAAAUUACAAAGGGUUGAAGAAGAUGCACAGGAAAACCAUCGGCUGGUUUCGGAUUCGCUCGGAAGUCCUCGGAAUGGGAGUGAUAUUGUUAGAAAAGUGGAAAUAAGUCGAAAGGAAAUUGAAAGCAUAAGGGAAAGGGUUCAGACACGACGGAGGGAGAUUAGAAAUAAGAGCAUGGCGGAAAAUGUUGAAAACAAGCUCGCGUUUUUGCGAAAAUCUGCGGUAAGACCCCGGUCGACGUCAGCAAAAAAUAGCAAUCAAACUAAAGAUCAGGUUGUGAAACUGAUAGAGAUGAUUAAGGCUGCAACGGAUUGCAAUGUUGUAGAAGUUUAUUCCAACGAAAAGAUUCGCUUCUACAGCCAACCAAGGUGGCUCCACGCAAGUGACAUAGAUGAUAUGAACUUUUUGGCGGGCUCUUGGGUAUUAAGCAGACGAUUUCAUCGACAGCUCGAGACACCGCUAUCGGUUAAUCGUCUUGUACUCGCCUCGAAUGACGAAAUCGAACGUCUGGUGGGUAAUUACGAACGAAAAGAAGAGAAAUUUGACACCGAAAUGGAAUGCCAUCAAUCGCAGCGUACAUUGGUUUGUCAAGCAGCGUGGUGUUCGAUUGAUUUAAGCCUGGUGGUGGCAUUUCAUUUGGACCGGGUAAUUGGUUUGAACGUUACUCCCCCGACAGUUGGCCGGGAGCUGCCGCUUGGGACACGGCCCCCUCCCGCGUUGCAACAUGUCAAGCAAUCGAACACGACGCAGGGCUCCAACUUUGUACUCGACGUUGACCUUCCUGUCCGGGUUGUCGCACUCAUUGUGACGUCAUCGAGGAAGUUACAUUCGGGACCUGCUGCUGAGCGAGGGGCCGCCGAACAUGACCGCUUUUUGACGAGGAAGGCGACUGAACGCAAAUUGGAAGUUUCACCCGAUCUGUCUGAAAAGCUGUUUAUCUUCUGUUACAUUUUAAAGAUAUCAAAUUGCAGCACGGAAAUCUGGACAACCUAUCUCAACUCGCUGCGUCCCUCAUACCCAUCAAUCUUCAACGAAUCGAUCAACGGCUAUUGCGAUACCAAUAUAUCAUCACCAGUCAGCGUGUUUCAUUUAUCAAUGAUUCCAGAUCGAAAAGACAAUAUUCUGCUAAAGAGAUUCAAAAGAAUAUCACCAGAAAACAUGGAGCUCCUCCAAGCUGGUCGACUACGACAGCGACUCCUUCAGUCUUUAUUCCUCGAUCGCGUCUUCUGGUCCGAGGCCGGUGGUCGUCACGGCAUCGAGAUCAUUCUUGACAUCAUCGACGGACGCGUCAAGGAACUCUUCGAAUGGCUUUCACGGUUUUCAAACGCGAGAAAGAAGAAACGGAAAAUAUGAUUCUGUGCGAUGACUAGUCUUUUCUGAAAUUGCCAAAGUUUUUUCUUACUUCCAUUUCUUUACUUUGCGUUGUGAAGUAAUGUUACAUUUUCAUUUAUUUAUUAAUUUCUAUACAGAGUGCUGUGUUGAUAAAAGUUUUUUACAAAGUUAUUUUAAAACUAGUUUGGCUGAAGAAAUUUCAUAACGCUGCAAUAACAAUGCUGUCUUUGAUGUAUUAUUUAUUGGCUUUAAUAAUGUGUAUUUAUAUCAAAGGAUGGUAUUUAUCUGGUCGUACACAGUAUAAACGACAUGUUUAAGUUCUUAUACUACCUGUUUUAGUAUAAAAAUAUAAUUAUAUGAGUGCUCGUGAAGUGUCCUAAGAAAAUUAAAACAAAAUGUUAACAAAUUCGAACAGCAAUGUCUAAUUUUUUAAAGUAAUGAAUACCCGAUAUUUAACUAUUGUUGUCUUAGUUUCAAAACUUUUUUUUAAGUUUAAAUAAUAUUUGAUCUUCCCAUAUAGUAAGCCAUCAGUUUUAUAAUGUAUUUUUCUAUGUAAAUUACAUUUGUGACAUUGGUGGGAAAUGUAAUGUCCACUUGAUAUAAUAAUCUUGCUCUUUGUUACUUUUUUAAAUAUCCGUCACGUGUUUAAACCGUUCUUGUGCUGAAAAUAGGGAGUUUUUGCAACACUAUGCAGACGCUUUCUGGAACGCAGAGAAUCUAUUGUCAAAAGUCCUUCGAUCGUGACAAAGUAGCCUUUGUCGAACUCGGUUAAUCAAAAUAGCAGUGUCGUCCCUGACUAUGGACAAACGACAUAUUUGCAAUUUUUCGUCAGCUCCGAAUCUUAGGACGAUCUGCUGUCCCGGUUCACCAAUUUUCGACAAAGUCCUCUCAGCUGUUCAUUGUGAUUUGAUGGGCAUUUUUAAUAGAUUUACUAUGUUGUAGAUUCUGUCCCCCGUUACAGUUGCGAAAAAUUGCUAAUAAAGCGAUUGACAGACAUCUUUACAGUCCUGAAAUGUUGAAAUGAAACUCGACAAACAGGAACAUCAUAAAGUUUUGUAAGCAUUAAUUCUUGUAAAUUAUACAUGUAAUAAUAAUAUUCUAGAUUCAAUUCAAUUAUAAUAAAAUAUAAAUAAAUUGAGUAAAAACGCUGGUGAAAAUGUUGUUACCAUCAUGGUUUGCAGAAUGCCCGGUAAAAUGCAAAUAUAAAUUCAUUUGUCCUUGAUAAAAGUUAUGAAAUUUAAAAAAAAAAAGUUGAAAACUUUUUGACUUGCUAGUAUACGGGUAUAACCGGGUUAUGUGCAAUGUAUCCGGUCAAAUAAUCCGACUUUAAAGAGGCCCACUUCUUUAGACAUCAUUUAUAUGAAGAUACGGACAGCAAAAUUAUUGUACGUGUGAUGUAAUUGCAUAAGUUCCUUCCUAUCGAAUUUAAGUUCUGUAUCAACUUUCCCCAUUUUCCAUUUGCUUUUAAUUAUUUUGUAUUUUAAAACUUCAUAAAUUCUACGAUUUUGCAUCUUGGAUUAUUUUUAUUCAUUUUUCAGUGUUUGUGAUAAGAAUCAUUUGAAUACGUUAAACGCGAAAUAACUAUACACCGUGCACUCAAUCAUUUGUGAAUGUCAAUAAAUGAAUGCCUAUAGUACUUUUGUUUUAGAAUAAUUAUUGGAUCAUAUCACUCGCUUUGCCUAUGCGACAUAGUUUUUUAUUUGAUAAAAUAAACAAAAUAAACAUAUGCUUGAUUUUAGAAGUCUUAUAGUCAGUAAGUUUACUCUGAUUCUAGUAAAUUAUGAUAAGAAUAUUUUAUCGACAUAUGAAUUCUGAAAAUGAAGACGUAUGAUUUUUCAACUGUACUUAAUAAUCCGACAGCGCAAAAACUAGCUCUCUUAUUAGAUCCGCGC